AUGAAAGAAUCCACAGAACCAUUUUGUAUUUCUUUUCAGCCGAUAAAAAAUGUUCAGAAAUGGAAAAAACAAGAGUCAUCAACAUAUACAAAAAAAACAAUACUUAAAAACGAAUCAGAAGAAGAGGAAGAAAAAGUAGAAGAUGAACUACUUAGCGGGUUUGAUCAGUCAGGUGCAUUAUCUUUAAAUCCAGAAAAAAAGGCCAAAAAAGGCCUUUUAAUGAUUCCAGCACUAAAGAACAAAGACUGGAGACAAGAAAUACUAAGACAUCAAGAAGCAUUAUCUUUACUUAUUAAAAAAGAAUCAUUAGAACGGGAGAAUGAAGUUUCAUCUGAAACCAAAAAAGAUGCACAAACAUACGGUUUAAUGUUUAUUAAUUCAAAAAAAGAGAUAUCCUUAACACAAACAGAAAUAUCUGCUGAACAAGCAGAAACAAAAUCUCAUGAUACUGAAAACACUGUUAAAGUAGAAGCUACUGAAGAUGAGCGCGCUAUUGAAGCAUUGUUAGCUGAUGUAGAAGGGAAAAAGACAGAUUCAAACCUUAUAUUGCCUAUGACGGUUUCUAAUACAAAUUGGAAAACAAAUACUCGACGUUUAACAGAAGAUGAAUUAUAUCGAAUAGAUAUAUUAUCUUUACCAGACCCCUCAACUUUGGAAGAUUAUGAGAAUGUUCCGGUUGAAGAAUUUGGUAACGCUUUAUUACGAGGUAUGGGUUGGAAAGAAGGAGAAGGAAUUGGUAAAAAUAAACAUGUAAAUACAAAACCUAUUAAAGCUGUUCGAAGAGCUCAAUUUUUGGGUAUUGGUGCAAAAGAAUAUGAUGCACAUGAAUUAGAUGAAUUGGGUGCAUGGGGAAAAGGUAUCACAAAACAAAGAGUUGACAAGGUAUAUAUUCCUGUUUUAAAAAUUAAUAAAGCAACAGGAAAAGUUAUAUAUGAAACAGUAACAAAAAAUGACUCAAGAGAAAUCCGUCAAAAAAAUACACAUAAAAAAUCUCCAGAAAAAGUUAGAGAUAACUCAGCAAAAAAAAACAGUAAUCAUUAUUCUUUUGAAGAAUACAAAGAUAAAAGAAAACAUAAAGAUUAUGAUGGGAAUCGAUAUCACUCAAAUCAUUCUAUAAGAAAGGAUUCAGAUGAAUAUGAACAUCAUUAUAGUACGAAUAGACAUAGGAACAAAGAUUAUAACAUUCAUAGAAAUAAACAUUAA